CCUCAGAAUUACCUUGCCGUGCUGCCGCUGACGAAUAACGUUCAGUCGAGACCGAGCUCAUCCGCGAUACAGUUGAUUUUCGCAUCAAACAGACAAAAUGGCUGAUGUUCCAAAGCGUGAAGUUGAAAAUGUCGAAUUCGUUUUCGAAGUCAUGGGCUCCGCCGGCGAGGGCAUUGAUGCCGUCGAUCUAGGUGAUGCCCUCCGCGCCCUGAACUUGAACCCCACCUUGGCGCUGAUCGAGAAGAUGGGCGGCACCAAGAAGCGCAACGAGAAGAAGAUCAAGAUGGAUGAGUUCCUGCCCAUCUACUCACAGGUGAAGAAGGAGAAGGAGCAGGGCUGCUAUGAGGACUUCAUUGAGUGCUUGAAGCUCUACGACAAGGAGGAGAACGGCACCAUGAUGCUGGCUGAGCUGCAGCACGCCCUGCUGGCGCUUGGUGAGAGCCUGGAUGACGAGCAGGUGGAGACUCUGUUCGCCGACUGCAUGGACCCCGAGGACGAAGAAGGAUUUAUCCCCUACUCUCAGUUCGUCCAGCGCCUGAUGAGCGAUCCAGUCGUCUUCGACUAAACACAUUCCUCGCCAGAAUGUGUGAUAGACCAGAUCAGCUAAAAUAGUUGAAAACAACAGCUACAAACCAACUACAACAACACCAACAAACUUUUAGCGACAACCAUUCUCCAUAGAUGUUAUAUUCAUCGCUAACUCUCUCUAUCUCUCUCUCGUAUAUUAUUUUAAUUAAAAAUUACUUCUGCUACUACAACUGCAAAAUUGAA